GUGAGGUCCGAUUUGUCCAAUUGGUUCCAGAACCGAGCCAGGCAGCACACUCUGCUAAUGCACGGCCAAGCCAUAGCACAACUAUUGGACUUGUGCAAAAAAAAUAAAAAUAAAUGAAUAUAACUGCAAGGCAAACAGGUUAUUUUAAAGAGCGUGGAGGGUCCAUCUCAGCAGCACCAGCCCGGAUCAAAUGUUCUGCCAGCUCCUCUUGCAGGGAAAGAUGAAUCACAUUCCAGAAGACAACCGGCAGUACAAAAGUGUCGACUACUGGGACGAAAGGUACAAGGUGGAGGAAAGCUACGACUGGUUGGGCGGUUUCUCCAAAAUCCGACACAUCUUGGAAAAAUAUAUCAAGAAAGAUGACUCCAUUCUCGUCCUCGGCUGUGGGAACAGCAGUGUGAGCGCUGACAUGUACGACGCCGGCUAUCGCUCCAUCACCAAUAUCGACUACUCCUCGGUGUGCAUUAGCACCAUGAGCGCAAAACACGCCGACCGCCCGGGUAUGAGCUGGCGGCAGAUGGGUAUGAGCCAGCUUUCCUUCCCCGACGCGUCCUUUGACGUGGUCCUAGAGAAGGCCACGCUGGACGCCGUGAUGGUGGAGGAGAAAACCCCCUGGGAGGUGUCCCCUCAGACUGCAAGUUUCAUUCACCAGACCCUCACUGAGGUGUGUCGCUGCCUGAAGCCUGCGGGACUGUUGAUCUCGGUUACCUUCGCCCAGCCCUUCUUCAGGAGGCGCCUCUACGCUCGCAGCGAGUACCACUGGUCCAUCACACAACACAGCUAUGGGGAAGGCUUUCAGUAUUUUGUGUACGUGAUGACCAAAGGCCAGGCUCUUAGCUCAGAAGAUGCAGCUUUGGAAAUGAAGCAAUUAGAAAGUACUCAAUUCUUACCUCCAAAAACCCUUACAACAACAGAGAACCUUGAUCAGGAAGACUUCCUGUCUAAAAUUGACUUAUAGGAGGAUCUGUUCUGUGCAGUAUCUUCGAAAUCUGAAAAUAGACUUUAAAUACUGAUCAAGCGAACAUGUCAUCGUAAAGAUACCGUUUUACAUGCUUUUUUAUGAUGGCAAAUGAAGUAAAUCUGGUUUUAAAUUGUAAUCUUUUUUGUAGGGUAAAAAAAUACUGUUUUCUUUUAAUUACCUUUUCUAAACAUUUUUUAAAUGUAAAAAAAAAAAGCAAUUUGUGACAAACAUUAAAAAAAAACUUUAUCUCGAGAUGUAUGUUGUAAUAUGUGUAUGUGCUUUGCUAUGGAGGUUUUUUUUCCCACUCCAUUGUAUUUUUUUUACUCAUCCUUCCCCAGCGUUAACCUUUUUCCCAUCUUUUACGGGGCGCUGUCACGGCAAAUUUCUUCCCCCCUACAAAAACCUUCCCCCCGGAAGACAUUUGGCGUGACAGCCCCUCUAAUGCUGAAGGACCCCAAUGAGGGUGGAAGGACCUUAAAGCAGCCCACACAGCUGCCUGUUUUAAAAGCAUUAUAAUUGGCUGAUUGUCAUUGGUGAAAAAUAACGGUGAGGAAAAAAUAUUAGCAUAUAUUAGCAUUCCAGCAGCCUAACCUUUCAAGCUAUUUUUGCUUCGCUAAUUUUGCAGCUGUAACCCUUAAGAGUCAUAUAACUUGCUUAAAGCAGCCCACACAGCUGCCUGUUUUAAAAGCAUUACAAUUGGCUGAUUGUCAUUGGUGAAAAAUAAUGGCGAGGAAAAAAUAUUAGCAUUCCAGCAUGGAAACCUUUCAAGCUAUUCUUGCUUCGCUAAUUUUGCAGCUGUAACCCUUAAGAGUCAUGUAACUUGCUUAAAGCAGCCCACACAGCUGCCUGUUUUAAAAUCAUUAUAAUUGGAUGAUUGUCAUUGGUGAAAAAUAACGGCGAGGAAAAAAUAUUAGCAUUCCAGCAUGCUAACCUUUCAAGCUAUUUUUGCUUCGCUAAUUUUGCAGCUGUAACCCUUAAGAGUCAUAUAACUUGGUAUUAUCACGCCCUCAUUGGGGUCCUUCAGGCAUUAGAGGGGCUGUCACGCCAAAUGUCUUCCGAGGGGAAGGUUUUUGUAGGGGGAAGAAUUUUGGCGUGACAGCGCCUUGUGGCGACCCAUCAGCGUUCCUGUUCUUUAACACUGUACACUGUUUGUUUGUCUAAUCUUGAACGGGUUUGUGCUGACAACAAAGUUUCGUUGUACAGCUUUGUCUCUGUGCAAUCUUUAUGUAUCUAGUAAGGGUGGUCCAAAUGGGGGGGUUUUCUACUAAGGGUACAGGACGAUUGAUCCGUGUUAAGGAAAGAAUGAAUGGGGCCAUGUAUCGUGAGAUUUUGAGCCAAAACCCCCUUCCAUCAGUGAGAGCUUUGAAUGGUUGACUAAAUACUUAUUUUCCACCAUAAUUUACAAAUAAAUUAUUAAAAAUUCCUACAA